CAUUGCUUCGUUUCUGUAUCUCGGUCAAAAACCGCCUGCCAUCAGUUUCCUCUUUUUCUGCUAAGAAAAAGGCAACUUGGUUUAGUCCGGUCCUAAAGUGUUGAAACUGCGGCGGCAUUUGGACUUGGCGGGAAUGCACAAAGGUCCUGCCAAAGGGGACAGUGACCAGACGUGGGGAAAGCGGAAUCAUCCACGGAAACGUCCGUGUGACUUGUCAGCUUAAGAGUGUCUAUGGUAAAGAGAAUUAUGUGGAAAACACUGCUGAGGGUAGAGCUGGGGGCAGCAGGGAACCAGGUCCCUUGUAUGUUUCCCUUCCUGCUCCCUGGACUCCGAUACGGGUCCUCUUCGGCCAUUGAUCAGCACCAUGAGCUGGCCAGGGAGCGAUCCAAGACGGUUACCUCCUUCUACAACCAAUCUACCAUUGAUGCCGCUGCUGAAAAGCCCUCUGUGAGGUUGACACCCACCACCAUGUUGUAUUCUGGACGUUCUCAGGAUGGGAGCCACCUCUUGAAGAGUGCCCGUUACCUGCACCAUGAGCUGCCCGUCCGCAUCGCUCAUCGCAUCAAAGGCUUUCGAAGCCUCCCCUUCAUCAUUGGCUGCAACCCCACCAUCCUCCAUGUGCAUGAGCUUUACAUUCGAGCGUUCCAGAAACUGAGUGAAUUUCCCCCAAUCAAAGACCAAGAAUCAGAGGCCCAGUACUGCAAACUGGUCCGACAGCUCCUAGAUGACCACAAGGACAUUGUCACACUGCUGGCCGAGGGCUUGCGGGAAUGUCGCAAACACAUCCAGGACGAGAAGCUGAUCCGUUCUUUUCUGGAUAAGACCCUCACUUCGCGCCUAGGGAUCCGGAUGUUGGCUACGCACCACCUUGCCCUGCAUGAGGACAAACCAGACUUCGUUGGAAUCAUCUGUACCCGCUUGUCUCCGAAGAAAAUAAUUGAAAAAUGGGUGGAUUUUGCCAGGCGCCUAUGUGAACACAAGUAUGGGAAUGCUCCUCAGGUGCGGAUCAAUGGGCAUGUGGCUGCCCGCUUCCCUUUCAUUCCGAUGCCUCUUGAUUACAUCCUUCCAGAAUUGCUCAAGAAUGCUAUGCGAGCUACUAUGGAAUCUCACCUGGAUACCCCAUACAACGUGCCAGACAUUGUCAUCACUAUAGCCAACAAUGACAUUGACCUCAUCAUAAGGAUUUCAGACCGAGGUGCAGGAAUCCCUCACGACCAUGUUGAGAAGGUCACUGAUUACCACUUUACCACAGCUGAAGCAAGCACUCAGGAUCCCCGCAUGAACAGCAUCUUCGGGAACAUGGUGGAAAUGGGGAACAGUGCCCAGUCAGGCCCCAUGCACGGGUUUGGAUUCGGCUUGCCAACUUCCCGUGCUUACGCCGAGUACCUAGGUGGCUCCUUGACCCUCCAGUCCCUGCAGGGCAUUGGCACAGAUGUCUACCUCCGUCUCAAACACAUUGAUGGCAAAGAGGAGAGCUUUCGCAUUUAGAAAGGCCCCUGCUGUGAGACUGACCCCUUCCUUGCUUCUGGAGAAAGCUUUUAAUACCUACACCAAACACAAUUUGGCAUGGAUACCACCAUUCUUGUCAUAUGGAUUCCUAAGCGUCUGCUGUGCUCCCCUCAUGAAACACGUUGCUCCUUUUGGACAUGUAGAUGCGGUGAGAAAGGAGCGGAGGGCUUUCUCUCCUGUGUGUUUGCUGUUCAAAACAUUGUUUCCUGAUGCUUCCUCCAGUCCUGUUUUGGUGCAUAUUCGGUGGUCAUUGAGUGGCCUCUUGAACCCAAGUUACUGAAAGCAUAGCCUGCGGGCAAAAUCUCUCCCAUCCCCACGUGGAAAUGCUCAAGGCCACCAAGAACAUUCAAGCAAAGUGGUGUUGUUUCUUUGUCAUCUUCUUGCACACUGCCAACCCCAUCUACGGCCUUGUUCCAGCCUCAUUCGGUUUGCUUCUGAUGGAUUUGGAGAUGAUGCACGAUGAAAGGAGGUUUUCUCUGUCACGUGUCACGUACUGAUCCCACUACGUUGCCCACUCAGCACUUCUUCAUCUGUAUGGAUCAACUGUGAUGAUAGGAUGUGGCAUUUAAAAAGUUCUCCCUUGCUACCAUCUAAUGGGUUUCCUUAUUGGGAAUUAGAAUCUACCUGUCAGUCUGCAAAGAGACUUUUGGUGCACAACAGAUCAUGCCUAGGGGGGGAAAAAAUCCUGCAACACUGUGUGUCCCUCUUUGCAGCCCAAGCUAUAGAUUCCACAAUGUUUUUCCUCUUCCCUGGGUAACGUAUUUUAUUUGCACCCUUCUUCUCUGCCCUUGACCUUUCAGUUGCCCCUUAAAUGACCUAAAAAAAAAAAUCCAGGGAGCAAAAUAAGGGUUUGCUGUCUGCAGUUCCCCUUUUCCUUUCCUGAUUAGAGGGCAGAGAUUCGAAAUGAAAAACCAUUAUUUCCUGUUACGAUACUUAAAUAAAAAAGUGCACAUUCAAAAA